UUCUUUCUAUCAAUGAUACAAAGAAGUAAUAAAAUGGUAAAUGCAUUUGCCGUGCUAACCCCUCUCCUUCAUGGACUCGUGAAGGUGGCUGGUUUAACCCCACAAACCAUAGAGAUAGUGCCAGGAACCUUGAUGAAUAUUUGGGUUCCAAAAGAAACCGUUACCAAAAAGGACCAAGAUCUCGUGUUUGUUCCUCCCACCAAGCCUGCAGUACUAUUCCUCCACGCUUUCACGAUGGAUGGAAUUUUCACAUGGUUUCCACAAGUUCUGGCAUUGACCCGGGAAUAUGCGGUCUACGUGCCUGAUUUGUUGUUCUUCGGUGGGUCGAUCACCGAUAGAAACGAGAGGUCAGCAAGUUUUCAGGCCGAGUUUGUGGCUAAGGGGUUGGGGAAACUAAAAGUGGAGAAGGUGACAUUGGUGGGGUUAAGUUAUGGAGGGAUGGUUGGGUUCAAGAUGGCUGAGUUGUACCCCGAGUUGGUCAAGUCUAUUGUGGUGUCGGCAACUGUUGUGGAGUUGACGGAGUCCAUUAGCAGUGACUUUUAUAAGAAGUUUGGUUUUACAAGGUGGUCGGAACUUUUGAUGCCCAAAACUAUAGGGGACAUGAAGAGAUUGUUCUCGUUUGGCUUUCAUAAGUUCCCGUGGCUUCCUAAUUUCGUUUAUCGACACUUUCUUGAGAUAAUGUAUACUAACAGAAAGGAGAGACAUGAGCUAUUAGAGGAUUUGGUCAUUUCCGAUAACGAAGCUACCUCACAUACAAGCUAUUCGCAGGAGAUACAUAUGGUGUGGGCUGAUUAUGACAAGAUCUUCGAUCUCGACCUUGCUAUGACCAUGAAAGCGCGAUUGGGAGACAAGACAACAUUGUAUUGUGUAAAAGAUGCAGGGCAUCUAAUACCGUUAGAGCAACCAUUCAAGUAUAAUGAACUUCUUAAAUGUAUUCUUGAGCGUGUCACAAAGUAUCUCUGACUUGAUGAUUAAGUAUUCAUUAGACACUUCGUAUUGGUUUUUAAUGCUUUGUAUUCAUGUAGUACCUGAAACCAUGAAAUUCAGUUUUUAAAAUUUAUGAACCUAGUUGUUGAUCA